AUGUCAACUACUCCAACUUCCAAUAAUACUACAGAUAGUGCACCAUUGGCAUGUCCUAACCCAAACGAUACCACAAAACCCAAACCAUGCUGUGUUUGUUUAGAUGAAAAAAAAGAUAGAGAUGAAUGUUUAUUAUUCAAAGGUUUAGAUGAUGUUGCUUGUAAGAAAUUAAUUUCUAAUUAUAAGAGCUGUAUGAAGGGGUAUGGUUUUGAUAUCUAA